AUGGGUGGUACCACGAAGGCUGGGAAGGAUAUCGAAUUCUUGACCUGUGCAGCAGAGGACCUUGAUCGUCUGAGCCAGGUGAAGCACGGCUCGGUGAAUCUGAUGACUGCGGGCAUGGCAAUCCCAAAUCGACACCAAAUGCUUCCGAAGCUCAAGCUAUAUUAUCCGAAUUUGAGGAUGUAA